CCGACAGUGUUCCGGAAGAGUCCCGCGCACGUUUAGACUCUUGGGAGUUGUAGUACGAAUCCGGUCAGGGUUGGAAUCAUGUCGGUGGCCAAGGAGCUCUUACAGAUGGACCUGUACGCGCUGCUAGGCAUUGAGGAGAAGGCGGCGGACAAAGAGGUGAAGAAGGCAUAUAGGCAGAAGGCCCUCUCCUGCCAUCCAGACAAAAAUCCGGAUAAUCCCAGAGCAGCUGAACUCUUCCACCAGCUUUCUCAGGCCUUGGAGGUACUGACUGACGCUGCCGCCAGGGCCGCGUAUGACAAGAUCAGGAAAGCCAAGAAGCAGGCAGCAGAGAGGACCCAGAAACUAGAUGAGAGAAGGAAGAAAGUGAAGCUUGACCUGGAGGCCCGGGAGCGGCAGGCUCAGGCCCAGGCCCAGGACGAGGAGGAGGAGGAGAGCGGGAGCACCAGGACACUAGAGCAGGAGAUCGAACGCCUGCGAGAAGAAGGUUCCCGCCAGCUGGAAAAACAGCAGAGGCUGAUGCAGGAGCAGAUACGCCAGGAACGGGAGCAGAGGUUGAGAGGAAAGACAGAAAAUCCUGAAGGCAAAGGAACUCCCAAGCUAAAGCUAAAAUGGAAGUGCAGAGAGGACGGUUCAAAAGGCGGCUACUCCAGAGAUGUCCUCCUGCAGCUUCUUCAAAAGUAUGGAGAGGUGCUCAACCUGGUACUUUCCAGCAAGAAGGCAGGCACCGCCGUGGUGGAGUUUGCGACCAUCAAGGCAGCGGAGCUGGCUGUCCAGAAUGAAGUGGGCCUGGUUGAUAAUCCUCUGAAGAUUUCCUGGUUGGAGGGACGGCCCCAGGGCAAGGACGGCCCCAGCCACCCAGGACUGUCACAGGCUGCCUGGUUUUGAUGUGAAGCGUUUGGCUCUUGGACAACCCGGUGCUGCGAGGAAGGGGUAGAGGACGAGGGCAGCUGCUUCCACUUCCGUCCCCAACUCAUUCUCCAGGUGUGUCUGCAGCUGUCACAGGCAGGACCUGCUGUCAAGAGGUGCUGUCUCCUCCUCAGAAAUAACACUCGCGACCCCGCUGACACUGGGCGCUUGCUGCCUGGUCGGCUCAUGAGGAAGCAGGCUGCAGCUGGUGUGUUCUCCACACCAGCUGCUGGUCCUCACAGCUCCAUGUUUAAGGCUUCUGUUUAAGGGCACACGCACACACACGCAUAUACACGCACACGAGAGCACACGCACACACACACACACACACCUGCCCUCGCUUUGGGGGAACAGAGAGCUUUUAGGCCAAGAGCUCUUCCUCCUCUGGAACAGCCUGUGGUCUGUGGGAGCCUCAGACUGAUGUCACAGUCCCUCUGAGGGGAGCAUGCCCCUCGGUGGGUCAGCAAGGCCUCUGGGCUGUCACCCCACCCCUGCUUUCCUACUUGCCCCCCACCUGGCCGUGAGAACCGGAGCCCUGGGAGGUGUCCCAGACCAUGGACUGAGGAGGAAAAGGAACUGUCCAACCUAAGACCCUUCUUUAGAGAGCGCGUUCCCUCACCGUGAAGUCCCAGCAUCUCACAGCCCCAGAUGACAUUGCGCAGGCUGUGAUAUGGAACUUUAUUUACUGUCUCCUGCAUCCGGGGAGGAGCCUCCUCUGGGCACAUCCGCAGGAGGAGGGGAGAUGGAGGCCACAGUUUGGGUGGUGGAAGCAGUGUGUGUCGAGCUUCCCUCUCUCUUCACGCCUGGAAUCUCAGAACCACAUGGCCAGCCAACCUGAGCUCUAGUUUCAAGUCCUCUGGCCAAGCCACAGUGUGGGGCAAUAGCACAGCAUGUGGCCAUAAGCAGUGGGCUUGGCCCCGGGUGGCAGGCCCCAUGGGUGAGGGUUUAGGCCGAGCUCCCGUCCUGGUGGAGGACUCUGGAGACGAGCUGUGCCUCUGCAUGGUAACAGCCACGAGUUCCCUGUCCGUCCCCUGGAUGGUCCUCCUGUGUCCUCUUUGGGGGAAGGAUGAAGGGAAAUCUGCCACUGUUGCUGCUGCAUUUCCCAAGGGCUCCCAUCAGCAAUAGUUCUGGGAACUGCCCACAUCGCCCUCAAGCUGUGUCUGUGCCUUCAGCUGGCAGUCCCUGGACCCACCUUCCUCAGGCCCCGGGGGCUGCUCCAGGCAGCUGUGUUGGCAGCUGGAGUCUCUCAUGCCCCCUCUCCUGCUAAGGAUGUGUGUUCUGAGCCUCCCUCUUCUCCUCUGCCAGCCCCUCCCUUCCGUGCAGGCCCCUGUGCUCCCCUCCCCCGUGCCACUGCUGCCUCAAGGCCACGGUCUCGGGGCACUGUGGUCCUAUUAACUACCCAGCCGGCCUUUCCC